AUGUUGGCCGGGGCACUUUUUCUGGUUGAAUCGUGGGAGUUUGAGGAGGACGAGCGCAUCUUGGAAAAUCUGGACUUUCCCGGCACGCUACUGUCGCACCUGGAGGUGCUGCUCUUUUCAUUCGGGCUCGCCCUGUUCACGGUCAGCUCAUGCGGAUGCGUUGGGGCACUGCGCGAGAACACCUUCCUGCUCAAUAUGUACUCCCACGCACUCACCCUCCUGAUUCUCAUCAACUUCGUGCUGGGUGUUCUGGUAUUUUUUGUUCCUGGCAGCAUCACGGUCGGGAUAAGGACCACACUAUCCGAAAGGCUGGUGGUUCAGUAUCGCGAUGCGCCAGACAUUGAGAACUUGGUCGACGCAGUACAGCGCUACCUGAACAGCUACUUCCACUGUAACCUGUCCAACCCGAGCCACGAGCGCUGCUCAGUGCCGCCAUCGUGCUGUCGCGUGGACUCCAGUUACACGGGCAUCUUCUGCGGACGCGAUGUGCUGAACCUGUCCGACCACGAGGCUUGGUUCCGCGUGCAUACGGGAAGUUGCCCGGACGCGGCUAAUCGCUUUCUAAAGGAGCACGUCAUGAUCAUAGGUGGCGUCUGCCUCAUCGCCGUCAUCGUGUUGGCCUUCAUCGAUAUGUUCACGAACGCCGUGAUCGAUGAGAUCGACAUCAUCCGCAAGUUAUACGACCAC